AUGACUACUGAAAACUUUCGCUUUUACAUAAAAGUGCGUACUGCACUUAAUAUUCCAGCAAGAGUUAUCCAUGAUGAAUUGAACUCUGUUUAUGGUGAUGAAGCCCCUGGUCUGAGCACAGUCGAACGAUGGUCAAAAUUGUUUCGUGAAGGUCGAGAAGAAAUUGAAGAUAAAGCGCGACCUGGUAGACCUAUUACUGAAACAGCAACUGAAAAUAUCGAACAGAUUUGUCUUCUCAUCGAUGAUGAACCUUACAUUACAAUCGAGGGUAUCCAAGAACGAACUAAUUUGAGUUAUGGGACUGUUCAACGAAUAAUCGGUGAUCAUUUAAAGCUUCGGAAGAUAACCGCACGUUACAUACCUAAGGAUCUCACCUAUCUUCAGCGAGCUGAACGGGUUCGAAUAUGCAAGCAAAAUUUAGAAAAAUUCCACCAAGGAAUGUGGCGUGUAUGUGAUAUAAUUACUGGCGAUGAGUCCUGA